UUAUCCCAAGCGACAUUCAUAUCCCAUCUUCUGUUUGGUCCAUUGCAUGCAUAUCUAAUGCCUUGUUCUCCACAACACAAACCCAAGAUAGGCUUCACGUCUUUUGAGAAAUAUUCCUUCCUCACUUUAAUUAUUUCAUAUUAAAAUACCUGAGACAGUUUACCCAUUCCUGUUGGCCAAUAGCCCGCCACGUGGGUAGACUUUUAACACCGAUCAGAGUUCAAACAACGAUGUCCCGACUCCGAUAGGCUCGGUCACUUUUUUUAUCGGCGGCCAGGUAAGCCACCAAUCCAUUUUUAUUGUUAUUUGGCGGGACUAAUACAAAUAUACACUUUAUCGCGCUGAUUAUUAUCUUGACCUUUGCUCAAACGCUACAAUUGUUUAUUUUAAAAGGCUUUUUGCAGAAACCAUCGAUAGAACCCGGACACCGAGAGGGCACACACUGUCUUUUCGCAUCAUAAUAACACUGCAAAGACAUUUGUUGUGAAUUGUAUUGUGCAACAUCGAUGUGCGACAUUAGAAACUCAUGUUAAGAAGACUUUGAACAGCGUGAAUUCCCCUUUUGGCAAAACGGAAGGACUGAAGGCCGGAAUGAAAUGCUGCGACAGUAACGGAUGCGUAUUCUGAGGCUGGUACAGCCGACAUGGUGUGCCCAUCAGGGUCCCGUUGCGGAUGGUGGCGUUGGGUCGUCACAUUCGCGACUUUCGGUCAGUUUUUCUUAACUCUCGGACCCCUGUUCAACUUCAGCAUACUGUUUGUGAGCCUGCAGGAGGAUUUCCAUUCCAGCUCGGCGUUGACAGGUUGGCUAGGGUCUUUGUCACUUGCACUGGCUUGCAUUGCUAGUCCUUUAUGCUCUCUCCUUACACACAAGCUGAGCAGUCGAACCGUCGCCAUCUUGGGGGUGAUUGCCUUCUGCGCAGGACUGUUGACGACGUCAUUCGUUCCCGUGCCAUCGCUGGGAUACGCGUUCUUCACGUUUUCGAUCUUGACGGGCGUGGGCGCCAACCUGGCCACGAAUGCCUCCUUGGCCCUCCUGCUUGACUGGUUUGCCAAGGCGAACUUCUCGCGGGCGAGUGCCCUCGCUCUAAUGGGAUCCACAGCCGGUAUGCUUGCCUUUAGCCCUCUGUUGACAGCCUUAAUAACUCACUACGGAUGGCGUAAUGCGCUGAGAAUUCUCAGCGGUGGAAUACUCGUGAUCGGGAUAGCUGACGGUCUGCUGCUGGCUGACCCACCAUCAACCGAGGACUACGCUAGGGCGCCCGAUGAGUCUCCUGGUGACGAGAAACAUGAAUUGGAGAGCAUGGUCCCGGGAAAGCAGGUUCAUGAUGACGGCUGCAUUGAAGAGACUGACGAUGAAGCAAGAGAAACUGACGAAAAAAGUACCAACAAUGAGGAAGCACACAUUUCAAAUCAAGGAUCUCUCGAAGUUGGAGAAGAGAGACAUUUUCGUGGAAGACUGAUUAGUGCUUUAACGAACCCUGAUGCUUGGGCGUGGUACUUGGCUGCGGUUUUCUCAUUCGUGGGCUGGACUUUCUUCAAUACUAAUUACGCUAGUUUUAUGGACGGACUUGGUCUGGACAGCAACAGCAUUGCCUCCGUCAUCGUGUACUUUGCUUUGGGGGAACUUGGCGGGAAGGUCCUGAUAGCCGUAAUUGGAGAUCGUCUGCCUUUCUUGUAUCUUUAUCUAUUGGUGGCCUCAUGUCUCCUGGGAACCGUCGUUCUGGGGUUUCUGACCAUUGCCAAGACGUUUGGUGUGAUGGCGCUUCUUGCAGUGGUUUCCGGGGUUCUACGGUCAGGCGUCUUUGGGACACAAUUUACAGCCGCAGCUGAACUUUUCCACGAGCAGUAUGGCACUAACGGUGUCAUGGUAAUGUCGUUAGUUCCCUCCGGAAUCGGAAUUCUGAUCAGUGCACCGUUAGCGGGUGCAAUCUAUGACGUCACAGGUGACUACGUUCUUAGUCUUCUUGUCAUUGCCGCCCUCUUCCUUUGCGCUUCAGCGGCCUUGAUUUUUAUUCCAGUAAGGAGGAGAAUUAAUCAGGCCGUGCAUGUUGUGUAAACACGCCCACCCUCUAUACGAAUUUGGAGAUUGUGUCCCGAAUUUCGUUUCAAAAAUAAUAACGAAUCCUGGCACGUCAUCACUGUACACUCCCGAGGCCCCCUUCAAUGGAGAAACUAUUGUGCACCCUAAUGUACAAAGUAACUUCCCCGUGACGGAUUAUCAGAACGAUAGCUACAAUCCCGGCCAAAAUGGUUGGGACACUUCCUGAGCCUGCCACGGUCACCCACUCCCCCGCUCCCCCGGUCAAUGUUGUUCUCUCCAGCUGAUGGAGCACACAACGCGCAAUGAGAGACAACAUUGAAGGGGGGGGGGGCAGUGAGAUUUGGCCAAGAUUGUAGCUCAGUGCUUUUGCCAUAGCUGGGGUUCCAGCUGAUGGAGCACACACCGUGCAAUGAGAGACAACAUUGAACGGGGGGGGGGGGGGUCCAGCGAGAUUUGGCCAGGAUUGUAGCUCAGUGCUUUUGCCAUAGCUGGGGUUCCAGCUGAUGGAGCACACACCGCGCAAUGAGAGACAACAUUGAACGGGGGGUUGGGGGCCCAGUAAGAUUUGGCCAGGAUUGUAGCUCAGUGCUUUUGCCAUAGCUCGGGUUCCCACGGUGAAAAAAGGAAUGGCAUAAUAAUGGUUUACGAUAAUAUGAAUAGAACAGAAUCCGUAAUUUUUAAGCAAACAUGCCAUGGGUCCCAUCAAAGUGCCCGAUAUUUUAAACAGAAACGGCCCAAGCCUCAACAUUAUACCGCUGCUUUUCUCAAUGUGCAAUUAAUCGAAAGUACAGUUCAUUCUUUCCGCAAAAUUAUUUCAGUAAUUAGGAAUCCACGAUGUCCGCAUGGUCUAUAGAUUCGGCAGAGAAAUGAGCCUCGAACAGAGGUAAUAUUGUUGAAGCGUUUGAGACCUUUGGUAUAAAGCGCUAUAUAAGCACUACAUUACUGUUAUCAUUUUAGCGAUCUUUUUUUAUGAUUUCCGAUUUGGAUUUGUUGACUGCCUUGAUUAUUAAACGUAGACCUAAUAAGAAUUGGUAUCUUUUGAGUGGAUUUAUUGUUGUUGGCUGGAUCUGUUGUGGAUCAUGUAGUAGUUGGUCUCGGAAAUAGAAUUAAAAACCACAGGAGACUAAAAGUUUCCCUCUUAGAUCGUUCCUUGCAAAAAAGAAUGAACACAAAAUGAACUAUCUGUUUAUUAUAUAAAAUUCUUGAAAUUAUUUUAGUUAGCUGGUCUCCACUACAGUAUACGUGUAUGUACCCAGGCAAGGGCG